AUGGAUGAAUAUAUUUUUGAGGCAGAAUUCGCAGACGAGUUAGAGGCAUUAGCUGAUUUUGAAGAUGAUUAUCCAGAGAACACAAGUUAUUGUAAGUCUAAAAAAGCAUUAAAUUUUGAAACACCUAAGUCAAAAAACUCUCAUGCAAAGGAAAAUGGUAUUAAAUCAAAGGAAAAUGAUUUUAAUGACAGCUUGUUAGAACCAUUAGUUAGUCCUGAAUGUAUACCUAAUGGUUCACUAUUGCGGUCAAAGGGAGAUAAAUCCAAUAAAAGAUGUCGUGUUGAAGAAUUUGAAGAUUUUUCUGGGGAUAGUGAGGAUGAAGAUAUAAGCUGUUCCAAAAUAGAUACUGAACCUGAAAUAGAACCACUCAGCAAGAGACAAAGACUGCAUGAUCUCACUCCACAGAAACCUUUGUCUGUUUCUAAGUCAUCUUCUGGUAAAAAACAGCAAGAAAAAGAUACAGAAGAUGACAAUGUUUUUGAUCCAGAGUUUUUAAAGGCAACAGCAAUAGCUGAUGAUAUUAUUAAAAGAAGGAAUCAGACAAAAACAUUUACAAAAUCCACAGAAAUUGUAUCUGAAAUCUCAAAUGUAAAAAGACUGUUAUCUGUAAGACCAAGUGGUAAUUUUUUUAAUGUAACUAAUACUAAUGGUAAUAGAUUUUAUGUUAAAAUAAAAGAUGAAGACAAGUUUGAAAGAGAAAUACAAGAUGUAUGUAGAAAUAAAAGGAUAACAGGAUUAUUAAGUGUACCAUACUCUGUAUUAAAACAUCAAGUAGAACAAGAGAGACAAAACAAGAUCAUUGAAGAAGCUAGAAAAAUAACUGAUGAAAUAAAUAGAGAAAUAGAUAAUGAUUUGGGUUUAGAUUUUGAUAAUGUACCCGAGACAUUAACAGAACCUCAGAAAUAUUUAUGGGUAGAGAAAUAUGCCCCCAGAAGAUAUACUGAAUUACUUAGUGAAGAGGCUAUAAAUCGUACUCUUCUACAUUGGAUCAAACUGUGGGAUCAUGUGGUUUUUGGUAAAGAAUUACCCAGUAAACAUGUUAAGGAUAAAAAGAAACAGAAAGAAGUUAAAAAAUGGAAAAAAUUACCAGAAUUAACAGAUGAAUUAGAUAAAUUUAAUCGACCACUCUAUAAGGUGGUGUUAUUAUGUGGACCUCCUGGGUUAGGGAAGACAACUCUAGCUCAGAUUGUAGCAUCACAUGCCGGUUAUAAUGUUGUAGAAAUGAAUGCUAGUGAUGACAGAAGUGCUGAAGUAUUUAAAAAUAAAGUUGAAGCUGCCACUCAAAUGAAGUCUGUAAUUGAAGCAGAUCCUAGACCUAAUUGUUUAGUUAUUGACGAGAUUGAUGGUGCUCCACAGCCAGCUAUUAAUAUAUUACUGAACCUUAUUAAAAGAACUGAUGUACCAUUACUGGGGAAGAAAAAGAAGGAAGAAGGAGAUGUUUUAUUACGUCCUAUUAUCUGUAUCUGUAAUGACCAAUAUGUAACAUCUUUACGCCAGUUAAGACAACUGGCCUUGAUAUUGAGUUUUCCUCAGACAGAAUCAACAAGACUAGCUUCUAGAUUGUAUGAGGUUAUAAGACAUGAACAUAUAAAAGGUGAUAUGAACGCCCUUUUGGCUCUGUGUGAACGAACAGAUAAUGAUAUAAGAUCUUGUUUAAAUACUUUACAAUUUGUACGACAGAAUCGUAAAGAAUUAACAGUUCAAUCAAUACAAGGUAUGAGUAUAGGACAGAAAGAUGCACAUAGAAGUUUAUUUGCUACCUGGUAUGAGAUCUUCACUAUGCCAAGAGCCAAACAAAAUAGGUUUAUGAAUGUAAGAGAUAUGAGUGAGAGUGAUAAGAAGAAGACUGUUAAUUCUACUACACCUGGUGUCAGGUUUCAGAAUAUACUAAUGGUAGCUCAAGCAGCAGGUGAAUAUGAUAAAAUAAGACAAGGUUUAUUUGAAAAUUAUUUGGAAGCCAAAUCAAAGGAUCCUCAUUUAUUAGCAUUAAAUUUAGCAAAUGAAUGGAUAGGAUUUACAGACUUAAUACAGAAAUAUACCAAUCAUAGUCAAGAUUACUCAGUAAUGAAAUAUGUUCCUUUUCUACCAGUUACAUUCCAUUUACUGUAUGCUUCUUAUAAUCCACCUAGAAUUCAGUAUCCACAUACACAAUUUGAGAUAAAAACAAAGGAGACCAAGUCAAUAAAUCUUAUAGAAUCUAUGAUGGCUGAUAUGUUACCCAGUGUUAGAAGAUUUGUUAAUCAACCUGCUAUGGUGAUGGAUGUCAUACCUCCUUUAUUAGAUAUAAUGCAACCUUCACUCAGACCAGUAAAUACCCAGUUGUACAGUCAAAGAGAAAAGGAUGAAAUGUCUAAUUUGAUACGUAUUAUGAUAGCAUAUAAUAUGACUUAUAGACAAGAGAAACAAGAAGAUGGACAGUAUAAUUAUACUAUAGAACCGAAAAUAGAUGAAAUAGUCAAAUUUCCAGGAAUGAAACAACACAGACAGUUAACUUACGCAGCCAAACAGUUGAUUGCCAGAGAGAUUGAUUUAGAGAAAAUGAGAAGAUAUGAAGCCAGAUUUACUGCUAUAGAUAGCAGUGAAAAGACAUCUGGUGUUACUUCCAGGCAUAUAACAGGGGAGAAAAAUAAUGAUAAUACAUCAUCAGGUCCUUCUGUUCCAAAUCAUUUACAAACUCUUCAAGCCAAACCAUUACAAGACAAACGGGCUGUGAAUUUCUUCAGUAAUUUUACAAGAAUUAAAAGAGAAGUCAGGCCAGAAAAAUUACAGGAGGAAAGAGAGGAAAAGAAGAGUGAAAUUUUAGCUACCGAUAUUUGGUUUCAUUUUAAAGAAGGUUUUUCUAAUGCUGUGAGGAGAAAUGUAAAGAUUCAGGAUUUAUUAUGAUCAUAAACAAUAAUACACUUUAUAUAUAUAUAUAUCUUGAUAUUCUUUUAUAUACCACCAGUGUCUCUGUGAGAUGGAUUACUGUGGGCUGUAAAUGGGUGAAAUAGGAUAUCUCUCAGUGGCCUACUUUUUUCAUAAGAAGUAUAAGUGAACUACUGUUAGAUAAUGAAUCCAAGAAUUUGUCCCAAAAAUGUAAUGUAAAAAAAUAAACUGAAGAAUAUU